AUGGAGGGUGUCGGAAGCAAGGAGGGCGGCCUGGGACGCGCCGUGUGCGUGGUGACCGGGGCCUCCCGUGGCUUCGGCCGCGCCUUGGCCCCGCUCCUGGCCCGGCUGUUGUCGCCCGGCUCUCUGAUGGUCCUGAGCGCCCGCAACGACGAGGCACUGCGGCAGCUGGAGGCCGAGCUGGCUGCCGAGCGGCCGGGCCUGCGCGUGGUGCGGGUGUCCGCCGACCUGGGCGUCAAAGACAGUUUGCAGCAGCUGCUCGGCGCCGUGCGCGAGCUUCCCAGGCCCGAGGGGUUGCAACGGGUGCUGCUCAUCAACAAUGCGGGCACUCUCGGGGACGUAUCCAAAGGCCUUGUGGACCUGGCUGACCCAGCUGAAGUGAACAACUACUGGGCUCUGAACUUGACCUCCAUGCUCUGCCUGACUUCCAGCAUCUUGAAGGCCUUUCCAGACAGUCCUGGCCUCAUCAGGACUGUGGUUAACAUCUCGUCCGUCUGUGCUCUGCAGCCCUUCAAGGGCUGGGGACUAUACUGUGCCGGGAAGGCAGCCCGAGACAUGAUGUUCCGGGUCCUAGCCACAGAGGAGCCUAGUGUGAGGGUGCUGAGCUAUGCCCCAGGUCCGCUGGACACAGACAUGCAGCAGUCGGCCCGGGAGACCUCGAUGGACCCAGACUUGCGAAAAAGGCUGCAGGAGCUGAAGACAAAAGGGGAGCUUGUGGAUUGUAUGGUGUCAGCCGAGAAACUGCUAAACUUGCUGCAAAAGGACACAUUCAAGUCUGGAGCCCACAUUGACUUCUACGAUAAAUAA